AUGACGAAUAGCUUGGAAGCAACUAACGACAAGGCUUCCAUCGCCCAAAUUGAGAUUGCGAAGCAUCAAGGGGCUCUUAUCCGUUCUUCGCUAGCUCAUUAUGUACCGGCUACUGAGGAAGAGAAGGCUUUGGAUAGAAGAGUCAACCUGAAAUUUGAUCUCUGCAUUAUUUUUUCCCUCUCUUUGGGAUUCAUUCUUUUGGGCAUUGAUAAGACAAAUAUUGGGUAUGUUGCGACCAGCACAUUUGUCAAAGACGCAAACCUGAAGCCUGAUGACAUUUCAAAUUCUUUGUCCUUGUUCUCUGCUACAUAUGUUCCUCUCCAGCCUAUAUCAAGCAUAAUAGGUCGCCGGGUAGGAGCUAAAUGGUGGAUUUCAGCUUUGAUGAUUACUUGGGGAAGCAUCUGUAUUGCACACAUUGCUGUUAGGAGCUCCUCGACUUUCUACGCUCUACGUCUGCUCCUCGGUGUUGCAGAAGCAGGAUUCACACCAACCGCUUACUAUUACAUGUCAACAUUUUAUCCCAAAUUUUCUUUAGGAUUCCGUAUGGGCAUGUUCUCAGGCAUGUAUGCAGUAGCGGGUGCAUUUGCUGGCCUUCUCGCUUACGGCCUUCUUCGUCUGGAGACAUCAGCCCUACGAGGAUGGCAGAUGCUGUUUCUUGUGGAGGGUGUCAUAACAGUUGCUGUGGCUUUGGUUGCUCUGAUAAUACUACCAAAAGAUAUCUCCAAAGCUUGGUUCCUGACGGAAGUUGAGAAAGCACACGCGUUACGUCGAAUGGAGAGAGAUCUCCAGAUGGGCUUUGGUUCUGGAACCGGGGAUGACGUGGACAAUGAUGGCGACCUAUAUACCACAAAGGAAAAUCAGACGAUCGCCUUGCGAGAUAUUAAAGACGUGUUUAUGGAUUGGAAGAAGUUAUUGAUCAUUUUGUUCAAUAUCCUCAGUGUCCUGCCUGUCACGGCCUUUACUACAUUUUUACCUCUUGUUGUCCAGGGUAUGGGUUACCAAGGCAUCGAAGCCACACUUAUGUCCGUUCCACCAUUCGUUGUGGGAACCGUUGGUUUGAUGGCCAUCGUCUAUUCAUCGGACCAUUUCAAGGAGCGCAGCCUUCAUACUUGCUUUGGCAUGGCACUUGGUCUGAUUGGAUGUGUGGUAAUGGCAACUUCGUCAAACUCACUACUAAGAUAUGGCUUUGCUCAUGUUUGUCUGUCUGGAGUGUUUGCCGGGGGCCCUUUGAUCGCCGUGUGGUUGGCAGGUAACACACCAGAGAAAGGAGCGAGGGCAAUUAUCCUUGGUUUAAAUGGCUGGUCGAACAUUGCCGGUGUGAUUGCUGGACAAAUAUUCAAGAGCUCCUACGCGCCUUCGUAUCACUACUCGUUAAUUGUAACAAUGAUUUUGAUUGCUGUCGGCAUGGUCGGAUUCUGCGGUGUGCGAGGACUUUACAUGUUGGAGAAUCGACGUAGGCGCAAGAUAACUGCGGAUUGGGAUGAAGCCAGAUUCGCGAUGGAAGAGUCAAGCACGGAAAGAAGGGGUGAUCAACGUCAUAUGUGGAUCUACAGCUAUUAG